CUACCGCAACUGCUCAAGCAUUCAUCUAAUCCUAGAACACAGAAUGGCAAUGCUUAAGAGACUUAAAGUUGAAGGGGACAGAGUUGAUAGGCUUAGCGAUCUUCCGAUUAAUGUAAAACACCAGAUUCAGCAGAAUUUGCUUAUUGACGAUGCCGCAAGAAUGAGCGUUUUGUCUACUGUGUGGAGACAUGUUUGGCCCUCAAUCCCUGAACUUGUAAUUUCUGCACAGUUUUGCCAGAGCAUGCCGUUAAACACAUUAAUAGACAUCAUUAAUACAAUUCUGUCGCAGCACUAUGGACCCAUUAAGACAUUCUUUUUGAAUAUUUCUUCACUGCCUUCUUUGCGGCACUCAGUUAUCAGUGAAUGGAUGCUUUUCUUGUCAAAAAAUGGUGUCAAGGAUCUCACCCUUCAUAAUACAAAGAAUGUUCCUUAUAAAUUGCCUUCCUUCAUGUAUGCUAUAGAACUCGAAAGGUUGUACCUGUCCAAAUGCGUUUGCAGGCUACCAGGCAACUUUAGGGGUUUCCACAAACUCAAAUACCUUAAAUUAAAUCUAGUCCUCGUACGCCAUGAUGAAACUUCUAUUUUGUGGAUGCCAAACCUUCUGAAGCUUCAUUUUCGAUCUUGCCAGGGUCUUUAUCACUUGAAAAUAUAUGCUCCAAAACUUUGGUAUUUGAAUUUCUAUAAUAUUGGCCCUAAUACCCUUAACUUGGAUAAUUUUUUGGACUGUCGGAAUCUGACUACAAUUAUAUUUGCAUCAAGAGAACAUCAAAGUAAAGUUAUGAACUUGACCAAUCUUCUUAGUUGUUGCCCUCAAGUUAGUAAUAUUCAUAUGGACAGUUCCUACCUCAAGGUAAGCUGCAAAAUUUCUAUAUUUUUGCAUUCCACAGCCAAGAUUGUUGCAUAUAUUUGUAAUAUUUAA